CGAGCACCUCCGUUGCAUUUGUGACAUUCCAGAUCUAACCUCUGGCCCUUCUCCCACGAAGCAGAGCAGAGCAGGGGCGAGGGUGGGGGUGGGGGAGGGAAGCCUCGCCCUGCCCCCAAGAUACCAGAGGGUGGACCUUGCUGCGAGAAAGGCCACCCCAGCCCCAUUCCGGUUAGCAAGAAUCUCCCUGGCUCUGAAGUGGAACACAGCACUCCUUUCGCACAUGGGUAGAAGGUCCUUCCUGGUUUCAGGCUCCUAUGAAAAUAUCCCAGGCCGCAAAUUAUGUGGUAGGCCUUCCUCUUCCCAGUCAGUCCAGAUGGUGGAGAAAGGAAUCAGGAAAUAUUUAAGAUCAUUCCCAUCAUCUGACUCAUAUUCACAUUUACCUGCUUGCUAGCAGUUCACUUUAGAACUGGUUCUUCAAAGCCUCUUUUGAAAACCAGCCAGAACAAGAAGCUAAAAUCUCAAAGUGCUGUAGAGCCCUUGAUCAUGACUUCACACGAAAGGAACUCUGGACUUAUCCUGAGCAGAGCCCAGGAUCUCACAUGAGAUGCAAGUGCUGCUGAACUGGCUGGAAAAAGAGACCACAGCCGGAUCAAAUUUCAUUUAUUUUAUUUAUUUAUUGGAUUUUUACCCCACCCCUCUAGACCAUGUCUACUACUAUUUCAUUGAUACCCAAGAGGAAAACAAUUGGAUUUUGUAUUCUCAAAGGCUUUCCUUUGUAUUUUACUUCAGGGACCAACUAAUUGAAAAAAUGGGGGAUGGAGAGAAAGGAAAUGAAAAGGAAAAGACUGGAGGAUGAGAUCUCUUGGGUAAAAUGCUUGUUGUAGGGGGGAGGUAAUAGGUUCUCACAUGUCCGUGAUUCAGCAUCAUCCUUGAGGAGAAACUGAUUAGAAGAUUGUAACCCUCCACCUGCCAUACAGGUCACUCUUCUCAUUUGUGUGUGAAACUGUGGACCCUCCAAGGAAAUUUCCCAAUAUUCUGAAGUGGCUAAGCUAUCUUUUUAAACCUCUUAACAAUACUGGGAAAUUGAAACCAACUGGCAAAUUAAAGGCAGGUGGCCUACCAGGGAAAGCUGGAAGAUCUCCUUCAUAUGAAACAAAGUGGAUAGGAAGGUCCACUUUGGUUCAUUUCCAACACUCACAUGUGCUGGAAACAAACCAAAAUAAAUCAAUGAACACACACACCAAAAACAGAAGGACCCGACAGGGACCCAGAAAAGUACGGGGUAGGAAUAUUCUGGGGAUGUCUCAUUCACUCUAGCAAUGACAUUGUCUGAUCGCUAGAAAAAGGAGCAAACCAGCCUGUCCCCACAGCGGACCAAGCAGCAGGACAAAGACCCCUCUGGUUCCACCCUGAGAAGCAUCCCAGAGACCUCCUUCUUCUGAUCCCAUCAGAAGGCCAAGAAGCUGAUUUUUUGGGAUCUGGGGGUCCUUUUAAAAAAUGUACAGGAACUGCCAAACAGAAAUUGUGGCUGCUCUGGUUAUACCACAAUAAAAGGGAGGGGGAAGGAGGGUGGUGUAGAUGUGGCCAGAUUAGAAGAAUAAAACCCAAAUUGAAAACCAGGAUAAAAAAAUGUCAAAGCCGAUGCUGAUGCUGGCGUCCUUCCUGAGCAAGGGAGGCUCCAAAGGUCAGGCCCAUGGAGGUGGAUUCCAGAACAUGAGAAUUCAUAAGCCUUUUCCUGGGGUCCCUCCAGCCAGGGAAGGUGUCCGCAAAGAGCUGACAGGCAGGACAGGAAGGAAGGGAAAGAGAUCCAGUCUUCUCAAGUGGACGUCUCUCCAAUAAGAAGAACAGGGGCUUUGGGUGAGCUUGCAUCUGGCUUGGAAACCACGACAGUCACGUUGCCAGCCUGUAACGUGGUUCCACUUGGAAGCAGACAGGCUCUUAGCAAGAAGCGUCCGACGAGUGAAGGUGUCCUAGAGGAACCCCCUCGGCCAAGAGGUCUCAGGGGUGCACCAUCAAGGCAGGGCCAGGGGUCGCCCCUCGGCUGUGAGUCCUGUGCCUGCGCCGGAGACCUGACGCAACAAAGGGGCCACUGGGAUAGGGGCCGCCAAAGCUGCCUGGCCAGUUUUGCUUUGUGCUUACAUUGAGGAAAACCCAAAAUCCUCUCCCUUGAGAAAGACACCCCGUAACAUUCCAGUGUCCUCCCAGUUGCACAACUUCUCCCAGAGAGAGGCUUUAAAGGCAGGCCCAGGCGAGCUUCGGCACUCAGGAUCUUUUGGAAACAGCAGCAGCCGCCGCACCAGCAGCAGCAUGAAGGCCCCCGGGCUUCUCCUCCUCCUCUUCCUGGGGCUUCUCGCCAUCUGGGCUGAGCUGCCCCCUGCAAGUGGGCAGUCAGGUAAGGAAGGACCCACCAAGCGGCCGACCCAAGGCUUCCCGAGGUUCAUUGAUCUUACGUACAUUCGCAACCCCUGCAGGAACCCAAAUCCAAGCAGAUCUGCCCCGAUGGCUGUCUCAAUGUCUCCUGAAUGCCUCCAGCAGAUCUGCCGGCUCCCCAAAGAGGUGGGCCCCUGCCUGGCCGCCUUCAGCCGCUGGUUCUACAACGGGCAGACCCAGAAGUGCGAGGCCUUCACCUACGGAGGUUGCCAAGGAAACGCCAACAACUUCAAGACCCUGGAAGAGUGCCAGAAAAAAUGCGGGUCUCGCUGAUGGGGUCACAGAAGGAAGGAGGAGCUGCUCCAUCAGACUCCUGGCCCCGCUUCUCACUUGGCUGCCUUCCAAGUUGGAACUGCCGGCUUCAGUGUCCCCAAUGCAGUUUUUGAAUAAAUGGCAUCACACAACAACAA